AUGCCAUCCCUCUCGGUGCCAACAUCAUCUGCCCUCUCUUCCACACAACUCGUCCCUGCAACCCACCCCGCCGUCUUCAGAAUCCUCCACCGACUGUCGCGCCCCUCCCUGCUCAACCUCGUGCUCGACUGGCUCGACGAGCGCAACCAGGAGAACUGCGCCCCGCACCUCCUCUCCCCCGAAGGCUUAGAUGGCGAUCUAGAAAUCUACCCACCCGCCUCAUCAGUCUUAGCCCUACGCGAAACCUACACCGAGUUGCAGUCCAAGAAAGGCUCCAAACGCGAUGUCGUGGAUCGCAUAAUCGAGGGCGACUGGCGGGAUGGCAUUUCGCUGUACCAGCUCGCCAUGGCGGAUAUGCAGUAUUUCUAUGACCAUCCUGCCUCCCAGAAAUGGACUGCCCUAAAACUCGUCCGGCUAUCACCUUCUGGAGACAGCAAGCCGCCAUCAGUACCACGCUUCCACCCAGCUACCUUCGUCAAAAAUCUGCAGAGGGAGGUCCUGCCCGAUGUGAAGGCGCACUAUAACUUCGAUCGCCAUGCUACGCUUCCAAUUCUCAUUCUCAGAGUCUUCAUCCUGGAAAGCCCCUAUAACACCAAUCGCGCGUUACACAAGCAGAAACUAUUCGAUUCCAGUAAGACGUUUUACGUAGCGUUCCCGGACUCAAGCCCCCACAUCUAUGUUUCUCUCGCGCCAUCUUCUAUCCCAGGAACGAGCUCAGAUAACAGGAGUCUACGAAGAUUGAUGCUAGAGGGAAUCCCCAAAGCUUUUAGUAAGCCGAGGGACAGGUACAAACUGGAGUCGACCAAUCUGAGUGCGAGGAACCUGGAGGCAUUGGCUGAGAAUAGGGCUGGGGGACGGGGGAAUGCGAGUGCCGGGGGUUGGGGUAUCUAUGCGGGGAUAAAGAAAGGGGACAAUCCGUUGGAUCUGCGGCUCCCUACACCAGAGUCUGAAGACGACGAGGGCAAAGACUUCGAGAUCUCUGGGUUGAAGAGGAAAAGGGUGGAGGACGAGGACGUGGUAAAGAGAAGAAAGCUGCUGGCGAAGUCGAGGUUUGGAAAUUCGGCGCUGCUGGAUGAUGGGAAGGGCAUCGAGCGGCUAGAUAUACAGAUGCAGGAUCAGUUUCCCAGAACCCGGAUUUCUAUUGCUGAGGAUGAAGAGGGCGCAGACGCGAGUCCAGCUCCUCGACAACGACGUGGAAGAAGAAGCACGCUAAAUUUCUCGGCUGACGACGAUGACGACGAGGAUCAGGUUCAGACAGAAGGCUGGCGCCCUGAUGUGCGAGUAACGUUUCAAGGACAUCAUGUUUUCGCUGGGGUGAGGAGAUUGGUUGAAGAGGGUAUUUUGGAUGGAGAGAAAAUGCCCGGGUGGAUGACGGGUGAGGAAGGAGUGAGUCUCGGGGUAGUAAGGGAUGGAAGGAUUAAAGGGUUCAAGGGAAGUGGGGUGUGA